CGUAACCGCAAAGUCGGCACAAGUCAAUAUUUUAAGUAACACCAAAGUAGAGUUUGUUAACAACACUGCCACUAAUGGUGGAGCAAUGGCUCUACUUGGUUUCUCGGUCCUGGAGCUCCACCCUGGGUCUCACGUGCUGUUUGAAUCAAAUCAUGCCAGUGAACUAGGUGGAGCUGUGUAUGCCACUUCACCUCAUCAAACUGAGUUCAUAUUCUCCCACAAGUGCUUUAUCUCAUUCAGAGGCGAAAAUUUCAACGACCCUGACAAGUGGAACACGACACUCACAUUUGUCAAUAAUUCUGCAAGGUACGGCUAUGUGAUCUUCACCGACUCAGUCCUUCCGUGUGUGAAACAGAUCGGAGCAAUUUAUACCAACAUAUCAACAGCGUUCCAAUGGAAUUCUUUCCAAAUUACUCCAAGUAUUGGAGAAUACACAAUAGCCACCAGUCCAGCUGCCAUUAACUUUACUCUCCCACAGGAAAUAUCCCCAGGAGAAAUGAUCAGUGUC